GAGACCACACGCUGCUGCUCUGCGUUGAUGCGCCCGAUUCAGCUGAACCCCGCCAGGGGCGGCGCAUUUAUCUCAUUCACAUUCUGUUCACCUGAAGCACUUGUCAGUGGAAACAGUUUCUACAUUUACGACGCAAAUAAAGCUACCAUGAGGAAACUGCGAGAGGCCUUCGGAGGACGACGGAAAAAAGAGCGCUUCUCUUGCAGCGAAGAAGUCAAUUAUCCGCAAACGUCGCAGUCAUCCGCUGAAAGUUCUUUCCCGCUCGAUUUCCCUGACGGUGUUGAAGUCCUGUAUGAUUGUCCUGACGCUACAGUUGACAUAUGCUUUGUCCAUGGCUUGACUGGUGACCGAAUCACUACUUGGACUGCCCCCGCGCAGUCUAAUCCCUGGCCUAAAACGCUCCUUCCGUCGAAGCUCAGCACGGCUCGCAUACUCACUUAUGGUUAUGAUGCUUACGUGGUGCGAAAGUCGGUUGCCGGAUCAAACCGCUUAAUCGACCACGCUACGAAUCUUUUGAAUGACUUAACAACGGAUCGAGAUCUUCAUAGUGCAGCAUCUCGCCCCAUCAUCUUCGUCGCUCAUAGUCUCGGGGGUCUAGUGUGCAAGAAAGCUAUUCUGCAGUCACGAAAUAAUCCUGACGCCCAUCUUCGGAGCAUAUUCAAUAGCACUAAAGGCAUCGUCUUCAUGGGCACACCACACAAGGGAUCAUGGAUGGCAGACUGGGCCGACAUUCCAGCUGGUGCUCUUGGCCUAGUCAAAUCCACCGGCAAGUCACUGUUAGAUAUCUUGCGGACGGACAAUCAACUUCUUGAAGCUAUUCAAGUUGACUUCUGGUCAAUGGUUAGAGAAUUGCGAGAGAGCGGUAGGCGCCUGGAAGUUAUCUGCUUUUUCGAAGAGUUGCCCCUGCCGAUAGUGGGCAAAGUAGUCUCCAAACAAUCAGCCACUCUUGAGGGUUACAAUCUGAUCAGUGUCCACGCCAAUCAUCGUGAUAUGGUCAAGUUCAGUUCUGCGAAUGAUAAUGGGUUCAAAAGGCUUCUUGGAGAGUUGGUUCGCUGGGAGUCAGAUGCAAGAGACAACAGUCAGAACAUAUAUCUUAAUUCGGUGACUCAAUCUAAUGUGACCGAUCAAAUCAAACAAUACGCAAGAGACAAGCUCAUCGCAAAGUUUUGCCCUCCAGGCUCUCAUCCAUAUAUGGAUAGAGUGAGACUCAUCCCAAACCGCCAUCCAGGAACCUGCGAUUGGUUUCUACACCAUGAAAACUACAAUACCUGGCUGAGGUCGGAAGAUGUGAACCUUCUUCUCGUUUCAGCUGAUCCUGGCUGCGGAAAGUCUGUUCUGGCGAAAGCCCUCGCCGAGGAGGACCUGAACAGGAAACUGCCGGGGGCCGCUAUUUUCUACUUUUUUUUCGAGCAGCCGUAUCAGAACAGCGUUCUUGAUGCUCUCUGUGCCAUUAUCCAUCAGUUAUUUGAUAAGUUUCCUCGCGCUUUAGACGACAAGCUCGAAAGCAAAAUUAUACGAGCCGGGGAUGUUCUGACUAGAAGCUAUGAUAAGCUCACGGAGAUAUUCAAGGAAGCCAGCGAUAAUAUACAGACCAAGCAAAUCGUGUGUGUACUGGAUGCUCUCGACGAAUGCGAGGCAACAGAAUUAGCAGACCUUACGAAGUGGCUGAAAUCAGCUGCUUCCACAAAGGAUAGCUGCCCGGCAGGAUGGAACAGUUCUAUUCCACGAAUGAAGUUCGUUGUAACGACUCGGGGCCUCCCAGAGAUUCUGGAACAUUUUGAAGACAUUGAGAUCGGUUAUCUUCGCGUCUCAGGAGAGAAAAAAGAACAGGCGGAUGGGAUCCAGAAUGACGUCAAUCUGGUUAUGGAAGCACGGUUCGACAAGCUUGCAAAAAGGCUAAACCAGGAGCAGAGAAACGCUGUAUGGGACUGUAUGAUCGCCACUGGAGCUGGACAGCGCACCUAUUUGUGGGUGAAAUUGAUUUUCGAAGAGCUGGGAAGGAACAAAAAUCUGGUAACGAAAGUCCUCUUGGACCUGGUAAGAAGUCCACCUUCUGAUAUCUUUGGAGCGUACGAGCUUCUCCUGAAACGCGUCAAGGACAAAGAAUCUUACCGAGUCCAGUGGCUAUUGCACUUGAUGUUCUCAGCACUUAGACCUCUCACUCUCCGAGAGAUGAAUGUCGCGAUCCAAAUCAUGGAACAGCCUGAUGUGCCUUCGGAGAACAGCCUUGACUUAAUGUCUGACCAACAAUUUCGAGACUGGAUCAUUGAUACUUGUGGAUUCUUCGUGACCGAAUACGAUGGACGGCUCUUUUUCGUUCACUCGACUGCCAGGGAAUACCUUCAAACUUCUGCGAUGACCAGCGUGCAAUCAAAAUUGAGGUCAUUCCGAGGUUCAAUAACUGAGAACUCUGCUCACGCGACGAUGGCCAAGAGCUGCGUUCUCUACCUAUCCAUGCAUGAGUUCGAGGGUCGACACAUUGAGAUAUGUAUCAACAUUUCCGGGGCCUCUCUCCUCAAAGUGGACCCUACUGAGUGUUCCUUUCUGGAAUAUGCUGCUCGUAACUGGACAUUACAUUUCCAGGAGGGGCGAGAUUUUAGUAUGCUAAGCGCCGCCAUGAAUCUUUGCGACCCACAGUCCCAAAAGCUCCAGGCAUGGUUUCCGUUACAUUGCGCAGCUAAGCAUUCAUCUAUACCCACACCCCUUACCCACUUGAUGAUAGCUUGCUAUACCGGACUCGAUACGCUUGUGCAGGAGCUGUUAAGCAGGGGAGUGGCUGUUGACAAGCAAGAUAUGCAUGGAUGGACAGCACUCCACUGGGCAACCAUACUAGGAUCUGGCGCGGGAGUCCUGCGGAUGGGAAAUGGAUUUGAGCUAAGAUGGGAAGCGCAUGGUACCUCUAAUGCCAUAGUGGAAUGCCUAGUGAACAAAGAAGCGGCAGCAUUGUCCCUGCAGGAUAAUGCUGGAUGGACAGCACUCCACUGGGCAACCAUACUAGGAUCUGCCGCGGGAGUCCUGCAUAUGGGAAAUGGAUUUGAGCUAAGGUGCAGUCCAAGUGAUACCUGCAAUGCCAUAGUGGAACGUUUAGUGGACAAAGGAGCAACAGCCUUGUCCCUUGAUAAAUAAUGACCUCCCUUCGGAUCUCCAACAAAUUCGACUGUCUCUGCGACCUCGUCUUUCGUGAGUCUGAUAAGUGUGAUUGGUUUAUAGCCGCUGUCAGUUGCAUGGGAACACUCAAAGUGCAACGUAAUCUCAUCAAAGAUUCGGAUCGUGAGGUGACACUCCUGGGGGGGCAAAGCUUGUGAUGAAGGAAAAAUAUGUAUAUCCGCAUACACUAUGGCAAAUUCUUCGUAUGACAUAUGGAGUAAAUUGCCAACGGGUUCUUCAUUUGACAUCGGGGCUGUACAAUGUCGGGGCAGUCGUAUGCUCAUUGAAAUAGAGGUGGGUAGCGUCUUUUUGUGGGUCAAGGCAUUGCUCCCUGAAUGGGGCAGUCUACUGCUACUACAUGCGUGUAGUAGGAGGCCGUACCUUCCACUACGCAGCCCAUUGGUGAACCACUACAUCGGCACGAUACUGUCACGGAAGAACUCGAAUUAUACUUAGUCAUCUGUACACUCGUCACCCCUCGAACUUGCCAAGCAUCGUGCUGUAUCACAAAACCAAGAUAUUACGCGGAUCAUAGCUAAUCCGGCGCUUUACCCGAUCAAUCUUAGCUUUAGGGCUUAGAGAUAAAGGAAGAGUAUAACCAUUUGCGCCAUUUUUGCAACUAGGUGUAUUGUGGUGGCUGUUGGUCAUGUUCUUCCCCCUCCUUCCAUUCAUUGAAAGGAAGAUAUCCGAGUCGGUCUAUCUGCUGCAAUGUACUAUGCGGGAAAGGGCUUAGGGAGGAUACAGAGAAGCAACCAAAAUUACCUAGUGUGGGGGCAUUCCAUUGAUCGGGCGUCCAUGGGUGCGAGUCAUCGUUAUAAACAAAUCGAUCAUUCGCCAUUGCUGUAUUUAUCGAGCAGGAUACCUAUCGAAGGUGUCAGAUAUUAGCCUCAGGCACCCAGUAACACGAGACUAGUCAUGGCUACUAGCAGGGGGUGGACACCAAGUUACUAAAUCCAGUACCAGUAUUAGAGAGCUUGAUGAUCCUGCUUGGCUUAGAAUAG